AUGGUUCUUAUUCAUCCGAGUAUCAUCAGCAGCGUCGCGACGCGGCUGGGGAGAAAAUGGGAAGACGAGGAGGGGAGGACGAUGUACGAGAAGGGAGAAGACUGCCUUGGCUCCCUGCGCGAUCUUCAGCGGCUGAUGCGGCGGGACCACCCCGUGUCGCGAGACGUGCUCGUGCAGCUGGGUCGGUGGGACAUUGUUCGCACGGACCUCGUUCCCAUCAUCUGCCGAUACCGCCGCGACUCCGCGCUGCUCCUUAACGCCGUGAAGCUGCUGGUGUUCCUCACCAUGCCGUCGCCUCCCCCGCCGCCUGAUCUCAACGCGACAGGGCGACAGCAGAGUGGGCGUGGCAGCAGCGACGACUGGCGGCUGGUACAGAUGAUAGUCACUCUGGUUCGGAACCUCCUUGCCAUCCCCGACCCUCCGCCAGACGUAUCCUCAGCCUCGGCAUGGGCGCAUCUGUGCUUCCUUCAGGACGAUCUCAUUCGCUCUCUCUUUCGCAGCGGCUUCCCAGACAUCCUUCCCUUCCUCAUCUCCUGCCUCGACGCCCCCAAAACCGCCCCAUCAUUCUGCCCCCUUCCCCCACCCACACCCCUUCUUUACCCACAGGACGAUCUCAUUCGCUCUCUCUUCCGCAGUGGCUUCCCAGACAUUCUCCUCUUCCUCGUCUCCUGCCUCGACUCCCCCGAAACCGCCCCAUCAUUCUACCCCGCUCCUCCCCCUCCCCCCCGCCCACGCCCCCUUCCCCCAUGCCCAUUCCACACCCCUUCUUUACCCACUGGACGAUCUCAUUCGCUCUCUCUCUUCCGCAGUGGCUUCCCAGACAUCCUCCUUUUCCCGAAAUCGCCCCACUCGUCCUUCUCCCCACUGUCCCCCCCACUCUGCCCACCCCAUCCUCCCUCCCCACCCGUCCCCCCCUCCUAUCAGGACGAUCUUAUUCGCUCUCUCUUCCGCAGCGGCUUCCCAGACAUCCUUCUUUUCCUCAUCUCCUGCCUCGACGCCCCCGAAACCGCCCCAGCUCUUCGCCACGACAACCUCUUGUUCCUAGAGAUCCUUAAUCUCCUACUUCGCGAAUUUCCUCCUAAGGACGCGGCUGUAGCGGCGUUCAGGGCUGUCGGGGAGGCUGAUGCCGAGGCUGACGCGAGGGAGGACCGGGAGGCUGCCGAACGUCUGGCGGAGGCUCGGCGGCGGGAGAAGGAGCGGGCGGCUCGGAAGGCGCUGGCCCAGAAGAUCACGCAGCGGCACUCCCGGUUCGGCGGGCUCUAUGUGGUUCGGAAUGCGGACAAGUCAAGAACAGUCUCUAGCACUCCCUUCUCCCCGCCUGUCCACCAUGCCAUCUUCAGCCAAGUCAGGCGGGGACCUGUGCGGAGAGUGAUGGGGGGGACGGGCAUGGGAGGAAUGGGCAUGGGCAUGGGCAUGGGCGUAGGGGGAAUAGGAAUGGGCGGAACAGGCAUCGGAAUGGGGUUGGAUGCUGGUUUGAACGGCGAUGGGGGUGGUGGCAACGGUGGUGAUGCGAGGAAACCGGAUGCUGACGUGGAUGCUGCCCUGGGAUUGGUCGGUGGAGUGUGGGCCAAUAGGAGGAGCUCCAGGUGGACGGCGAGGCGCCUCGGGGUGUUUGCCGACCGGUUGCUGGCUUCGGGAUGUUACAAUGUUCUCAUGGAGACGGUUCGUCGGGACGUGGCGGCCUGGCGGGCAGGGCUAGAGCCCUCGGACACUCUCGCAUUCUUCCUCGUGGCUUCCUUCUUCACUGCGUUUCAACGGGAGAUGCAUGGCCUGCGGGGCUGGGGGGGGGUGGCCGGGGGAAAGGAGGGGGUUGCCGGGGGGACGGCAGGGGGGGCAGGAGAGGAAGCAGGAGCAAAGGAGGCGGAAGCAGGGGGACAAGGAGGAGGAGGAGAAGGAGGAGGAGGAGGAGGAGGAGGAGGAGGAGGAGGAGGAGGAGGAGGAGGAGGAGGAGGAGGAGGAGGAGGAGGAGGAGGAGGAGGAGGAGGAGAACCAGGAGAAGGAGGAGGAGGAGGAGGAGGAGGAGGAGGAGGAGGAGGAGGAGGAGGAGGAGGAGGAGAACCAGGAGAAGGAGGAGGAGGAGGAGGAGGAGGAGGAGGAGGAGGAGGAGGAGGAGGAGGAGGAGGAGGAGGAGGAGGAGGAGGAGGAGGAGAAGGAAAGGAAAAACAGGAAGAAGGGGAAAGAGCAGGAACAGAGGAAGCUUCUGGGAAGGUGGAGCAGCGAGGAGUGUGUGGUUGUGGGCCAAUAGCGGCCACGAUGGAUGAUGACAUGUUCACUCUUGUUUCUGCCCGCUGGGCAGAGUAUGCUGCCCGGGCCAAUCACGAGCGGGCAGCGCUGGUUGCGACGGGCAGCCUGCUGAAAGAAAUGAUUCACAUGCUCGAUGCCAUAAUCAAAUCUGGAGAGAAGCCCACCCCUUCAACAACAGGCUCGGCCGAACCUCUCGACGAGGUUCGGCAGGAGGUCCGGUGGGAGGUUCGGCGGGAGGUUCGGCUGGCACGGGCCAUGCUGCUACGGCUGUUCUACGACGAUUCGAGCGACGGAGUGGUGCAUGUGCUGCAGCGGGUGUUGAAGGGGUUCAACCCGCACACUCAGCCGCGCUGCUUGCUGGUUGAUGCAGUGGAAACCACCCACGUGUGCCUGAGAUUGCUCGAAGACUUGGUUCGAACGGAAGGUGCAUUGAGGGUGCAUGUGCUGCAGCGGGUGCUGAAGGGAUUCAACCCGCACACGCAGCCGCGCUGCUUGCUGGUGGAUGCUGUGUGCCUGGGACUGCUCGAGUACCUCGUUCAAACAGAAGGGGCACUUAAGGGGGAAGUUGGCAGUGCUAGCCCUGCUGCUGCUGCUGCUGCUGCUGCUGGUGGUGGUGGUGGUGGUGGUGGUGGUGGUGGUGGUGGUGGUGGUGGUGGUGGUGGUGGUGGUGGUGGUGGUGGUGGUGGUGGUGGUGGUGGUGCUGCUGCUGCUGCUGGUGCUGCUGCUGCUCUUGCUGAUGCUGCUGCUGCUGCUGCUGCUGCUGCUGUUGCUGAUGCGGAAGAUAAUGAAGAGGAAGAGGCAGCAGCAGACGGAGAAGGCCCGGAAGAUUCUGACCCAGGCUCGGACCUAGCCUCGGAUGCAGGCUCGGACAUAGGCUCGGAUGCCGAGCCUGGGGACGGCAUAGAGGAGGCGGAGGAGGAGGGUCGGCGGGGGCGGGAGGAGGUUCGGGAGUAUGAACUAGAUGUGAAGCGCACUAUAAGGGGGUUUGCUGAUGUGCACGCGGUUAAGAACUGUGUUUGGCUGCUGGAAACGGCCAAUAGCAACGCGCCACGUGUCAACCACUAUGUGCUGUCGCUGCUCAGGAGGUUCACUGUGGGGUGCGAUGCUGAGGCCAUGCUGUUCCAGGUAUCAACCCUACACACCUUUUACAAGCUCCUAACCAACCCAGACCUGCGCUCCUCCCCUCUGCACGCGCCCCUCCUGACCUUCCUCUCCUCCACCGUCCGCCACCUCUCUGCCCUCCUCCCCCUGCGCCCCUCCCUCUUCCUCCGCCUCCUCUUCCACAAAUCGCGGAAAGAAAGCAUGGUUCUCGCUGCUGACGUGGCACUGGGGGAGCUUAGGUCGGGGGGGUGGGUGGGCGGGAGAGCGGGAGGCGGGGAUGGGGAAGAGGGAUGGGAGGCGGCGAGUGGGGGGAAAGGGAGGCGGAGAGGGAGUGGGGGAGGAGGAAAGGGGGGAGAAAAGGGGGGACGGGAGAAUGUAAGGAUUGGGGGGUUGAGGGAUGCGUUGGGGGAUGAUGAAGCAGAUGUGGAGUUGCCUCGAGGCAUGUGGUGGGCUGCUGAUGUUGCUGAUGCUGCUGCUGCUGCUGCUGCUGCUGCUGCUGCUGGCAAGAGAGUCAACCUCCUCUUUCUCUCCACCUUGCUUUCCACCUCUCGAAACCACUUGCUUUUCCACCUCCCCGUUCACUCUAAUGCUUGGCAGCAAGGGAAGGGGCAGGGCACGAGCGUUUUCAGAAGACCAGGAGAGGAGGAUACGAGAGCUUUUCGAGAGCGUGCUUCCUCCCACGGGCCUUCCUCCUCCACUCCUCAUUACCCCCUUCCGCCCCUCAUCGUCCCCCUCUGUCUCCCUUACCUUUCCGCACUUCCUUCCUGCCCUCUCCCCCUUCUCUUGCCCGGAUCAGCCACAAGACACGGCUGGAGCCACAAGUCAAGGCGAGAUAUGCCAUCACUGAUAGCAAAGGCUCUCAUCGCCCAUGACCCCAGCCUUCUUCAUUCCACCCGCCGUAAAAAACCAGGGAAGGAAGGGGAACCUAGGGAAGGCGGGGAAGAGGGGGAAGAGGGGGAAGAGGGGGGAGUGGAGGAAGGGGAGGACGUUGGAGAGGAGGGGGGAGCUGCGGAGAAAAGGGGUGCUCCUGUAAGCGGCCCUACAGCUGCUGUCGAUGCGGACUCGAUAAAAGCUGACUCGAUAAGAGCACUUGCGGGGAAACUCAGCCGGUUUUUGCGGUCGCAGGGGCUGAAGAGGAGCAAGGCGGAAACGACAGUGGGGGGAGGGGAAUCAAGGGGUGGUGAUGGUGAUGAUGGUGAUGGUGCUGGUGGCGAUGGUGGUGGCGAUGGUGGUGGCGAGGGUGGUGGUAUGGCAGGGGGCAGGAAAGGCAAGGCUGGGAAAGGAAAGCUUGGGGAGAGACGGACUGGCAGAUCACGUGUGAGUGUGGGGAAGAAGGGAAAGAGGAGGCAUCUGGUGUUCGACAGUGAUUCUGAGGACGGGGAUGCUGGGAGAGAGAGGGUUCUGGCUGGUUUCGCUUCUGCUGCAGCAGCCACAGCUAGAGGAAGGCGAGGUGGAAGGACUGACAAGACCUCUCAAGAGGAGGCAGAGAGUACCGAGGAUGAGGAGAAUGUGCUGCUGAGCAGAAGACAGAGGGCGCUAGCUGCUGCUGCUAAAGUGAGGCGAGGGCAGAGGAGUGACAGGAGGCAGAGGGGAGGAGGAGCAGCAAGAGGAGGAGAGAUGCGAAGGGAGGAGGAGGCCCAGGAAGAGGAAUGGACUACAGGCAGCCAUGCUGCUGGUGGGGAUGGUGCAAUGAAUUUGGAGGGAGACCGAGGGGCAAUCGUUGUUCCAAACAGCACUGCUAUUGCUGCAGCGCCUAUAACAUGGAGUGCUCUUUUCGGAGGUGCUUCUAUUGCAAGUGCUGCUGUGGGAGUGGAGGAGAGGGUGGAGUUGAAGGGUGAAGCCGUGCGGGAGGGCGUUCAAGCAGUGCUUGCUGAUGGUGUGCCCUCUGGUGCUUUUUGUCUGUUGCUGUCAGGUGUGCUCUCAGGUGCUUUUUGUCUGUUGCUCUCAGCGCUGUGUUUGAAGCACCCUGACGAGGCUGAUGGCUGCUGGAGGGUCCCUGGGGACCGGGGCACCCAGUGGCUGCUGCACGCUGUGAGCAUGCUCGCACGCAUGGUGGAGGGUGGAAGCUCAUGCAUGGAUGGUGGGGGGGGGAUGCAGAUGGUUGUUGUGGAGGAGAGAGGGGGAGGAGGGGAGGGGAGAAAGGAAGGGGAGGGGAGUGAGGGAAGGGAGGAUAGAGAGGGAGAAGGGGUGAGAAAAGGAGGGGAGGAGAGAGGAGGAGACGAAGGAGUGGGGGAAGAGGAGGAUAGAGAGGGGGGAGGGAAAGAUAGAGAGGGAAGAGAGCAAGGAGAGGGAGGACGGGAGGAUCUAGAGGGAGAAGGGGGAGUUAUUAGGGCGUGUUUAGGUCCCAGGCACAAAAAGCGGAGAGCGGAAGGAGAGACAGGCGAGGUGCAACAGCCAGGGUUGAACAGCCAUGGGGGUAGUGAGGGAGAGGGGGAUGAGUGUGGAGGAGGGGGAGCAGAGAGAGAGAGCGACGAGUCUGGAGGGGAGAAAGAGAGACAGCAGGGGAGGAUGGGGGAUGAUGAAUUCAGCGGGUAUGAGGGGGAAGGGAUUUUCUUGACAGCUCGAGUGAAAGAUACAGGAGAGGGUGUGAGGGGGAGGGUCGAACAGAGCAUGCCCUUGGAGGAGAGGGGCUGUGAGGAAAGUGGUAAGAGGGAUGAUCAGGUUGGAGGUGGAGAGCUGGCAGAAUGCGGGAGAAGAGAUGAUCAAGCGGGGGAAAGAGUUGAAGACGAUUUGAGUAGAGAGACGCAUGCUAUCUCCAUGGAGAGAAUUGAAGGUGUUUCCAGUGGAGGAGAGGUGCUACCACCCUUAAUGCCUGCAGUGCUCGGUGCACGAUCCAAACGACCUGCUUCUUUCACUGGUGGAGUCUCGGACCGAGCCAAGAGGCUGAGGCUUGAUGGUUCGGAUGCGGAGGAGGCUGCGGAGGAUCGCUAA